UACGUGAACGUAUGGGUUAAAGCACUUAUGUGUAAGACUUGGCAACCUCGACACAUCCUGACAGUUAAGAUGGGAUAAAGAACUGCCGGUGAUGUCUGGACUGUUGAACGGGAACAGAACAUUUGCUCGACAAAUGCCUGGGAAUUUCAAAUCUGGGCUUUUAUCUGACCUGAGACAUUGUAUUUAUACAUCGUCUUGUAUUUCCAGUCCGUGGACAGUGGAACAGUACAUGAGAGCUAGCGUGCUAGCUAGCCCACCGUAUUAGCUUUAAAAGCAGGGCAGAGCUGAGGAGUCACACCCAACACUGAGGGAGCACGACGGCGUUUAUUUACAAUACAACCUGAUCACUCAAGACAGAAGUGCAGUUAGUUUGCUACGAGUGCAAAAAAAGUUUCUUGUUUCUCUAAAGAAGCCAUGAAACACCAGGGUCAAGAUACUUUGAGGGGACACAGAUAACAUUAGCUAGUGUUUUAGCUAACGAGCUAAGUGUUGUGUGUGAGUGUAAAGUGUAAAGGCCGGACAGGACACCGUUACUCCACUGUGUGUGUGUGUGUGUGUGUGUGUGUGUGUGUGUGUGUGUGUGUGUGUGUGUGUGUGUGUGUGUUGUAGAAGGCUGUUAUGAGUAACCCCACACUCAUGUACACGUUUGUUUUAAGAGAUGACAACAGCAGCGUUUAUGCUGAAGUCUCAAAAAUCCUUAUCUCUACUGGAAAAUGGAAAAGACUGAAAAAAGACAAUCCGCGAUUUAACUUAAUGCUUGGAGAGAGGAACCGCCUCCCCUUUGGGCGCCUAGGCCAUGAACCAGGACUGAUGCAGUUGGUCAACUAUUAUAGAGGCGCAGACAAGCUGUGUCGUAAAGCAUCUCUGGUCAAGUUAAUAAAGACUAGUCAAGAGCUAAAAGACUCCUGUAACUGGUUGCCUGAGUCCUACAUCAUUUAUCCAACCAAUCUCAACACUCCUGUGGCUCCUGCAACCAAUGGCAUCAGCCAUCUAAAAGACAACCCAAAGACUGAUGAGCGUGAGGUAUUUCUUGCCUCCUAUAACACUAAAAAGGAAAAUGGGGAAGGAACAGUAUGGAUCGCUAAAUCGUCAGCUGGAGCAAAAGGGGCUGGAAUCUUGAUAUCUCAGGAUGCUAAUCAGUUGCUUGAGUUUAUUGAUAAUCAGGGACAAGUUCAUGUCAUUCAGAAAUAUCUGGAGCGACCACUGCUGUUGGAACCUGGUCAUCGCAAAUUUGAUAUAAGGAGCUGGGUGCUUGUAGACCAUCAGUACAACAUCUAUCUGUACCGUGAGGGAGUGCUGAGGACGUCUUCUGAGCCGUACAACAGCUCAGACCUGCAGGAUAUGACCAGCCAUCUGACCAAUCACUGCAUCCAGAAGGAGCACUCGCAGAACUAUGGCCGUUACGAAGAGGGCAACGAGAUGUUUUUUGACGACUUCAGACACUACCUUCUGAGUGUUCACAAUAUUUCCAUGGAGACAUCCAUCUUACCUCAGAUCAAUCACAUAAUAAGGAGCUGCCUCAUGUGUAUUGAACCAGCGAUCAGCACUAAGCACCUGUCCUACCAAAGCUUCCAGCUUUUUGGUUUUGACUUCAUGCUGGAUGAGAACUUUAAAGUGUGGCUUAUUGAGAUCAAUGGAGCACCGGCAUGCGCACAGAAGCUCUACCCAGAGCUGUGCCAAGGCAUCGUGGACGUAGCCAUUUCCACCGUUUUCUCACUAAAUGCAGACGCCUUGUCCGCCUCCCCACCAUUCUCCACUUCUCCUUCUCUCUCCUCCACCUCCUGCUCUUCACCCAAACUCAGAGCACCACAACACUUUGGCCCGUUCAUCAAACUGUAAGCAUGUUACUGCAUUAGUGACGAACCAUGCCCUGAUAAAAUUCUCCACGCAACUAGUUUUCUUAAAAUCUCAACCUACGGUAUUCUCUUUCUGUCUGACAUCCUUGAAAAAUGUAAGAUGUAAAGCAGGGAAGUUUAAGAGACUGGAGCAGUUCAUGAGAGAAUGCAUAAAGAAGUCUGUGCUUUAGACACAUGCUCAGUACAUUUUUCUCCUAACAUCUCUGGUAUGAGUUCAAGAGGUGGGCUGUUUGUUUAGUCUGAUUGGACAAUUAUACCUGGGUUUCAGUUCUUUACACAAACUAAUAAAAAAAAAAUACUACAUAAAACACAUUUUUGGUUUCCUCUGGGUACCUUGAUAUAAAGUAGGAUGUUUUUUGGGAUUUAUUUCCAGUGACUUUAGUGCCUUACGUUUCCAUUGACUCGUUACCCCUAAAAUCCCACACAAGAGUGUUUGAAACGCCAUGUAACGUAUACAUACUAAAAAUUCAGUCCUAAAUCAGUUAAGGUUUAUACUGUGGGCUUUACAAAGAGCUUUAGUCGCUGUUGUUCAGUAUUUUUAAGUGACUGUAUUUCCCAUUAGAAAUGAAAAGCUUCUUAUUGCUCAUCUAGUAUGGAUUUUGGCACUGUAUAUGAAACACGGCAUGUCAGCAAAGUGUUAAUGUUUUGUUAGUUUGGUCUUCUUAUAUGUUAGACUGCAUUAAUAGCUCAAAUACAAUGAUUUAUUUUUAUUAUUUUUAUUUUAGUACAAUAGACAAUUAGUCCAGUACAGCAGGUCACUAAUUAACACUGUUUUUGUAUUUUAAAAUGUUUCUCAAUCAAUUUCUUACUUUGCCAUAGUAAUUAAAUUCCACACAUACAUAUCACUUUUUAGUUCAAGGCCGGAUAAAAAUUUUUUUUUGCAAAUAUGUUGCAUGAUCUAUAAAACGCAUGCAAAAAAAAGCGAUGUUUUAUAUGAAUUACAUAUCUAGGAACAUUUCCUUAGGCUCAACAUUUCAAGACCUUUUCAGAAUUAAAUAUUAAUGUUUGGGUUAAAUGUUCCUUCACUGCGUUAUGUAAUCCUCUUCCCUUUGGUUUUAUUUUUCUUUUGGCAUGUUUUACUUUUUUACACAGUUCGUUGUAUUGGCUUAUUUACUAGUGUGUUGCACUUUCACAGCCAUUAUGUGUGUAUGUUGAACGCAUCUUGGGUCUUUGUUUGCAAUGAAUAAUUCCUGAUUCUGCUGUGUUCUGUGUUAAGGAUCAGACACGAGCCUCGCCGAACCUUAAAACAUGGUUUAGCUGAAGCAGCAUGUCAAACGAGUCAUUUAUUUCAUGAGAUGUGCUUGAAGGAUUGCGUGUGUUGUGACUCUGGGCAUGCUGCAGUACUGAUAGAUCCUAAAAAUGUUUUAUGAAGGAGACAUUAUUGUUUUGUGUAGUGUGUGUGUUCUAAACUUCAUGAAGAAUAAAAGAAGUUGCAUAUAGUAUGUAUACAUUUAGUUGCUAUAGUAAUCACACUAGUGAUGGGUCAUUUAUAUUUUUUGUUGAAAAUGUGUAUAUAUUUUAACAGUGUUAUUUUCUGUCAUUAGUUCAUUUUUAGUUCCGAUUAAGCUGAAAGAGAAAGGGUGCCUUAUUACAUUUUGAAAUGUCCUGAAAACACAAUACACCAAGGUUGUUGACAUUUUUUUGUUAUGGUCACUUUCCUGUCUUGUUAUUUAUUAUUGUACACUUUUUGGACUAGACACUUUGCAGUAGUUCUUCGACUUGAUUGUUACUACCUGAAAAUAUAAAUCAAGUAAUCAACUUGCUGCCCAUCCCAAGCUGAGCUAAGAUCUUUCACCGUUUCAUCGUAAACCAAAAAGAAUUGAAAAGUUUUCCGUAUUUUCCUUUUUGUAAAGAUCACCAGUAUGUGUGGAAUGUUUGUAAUUUCAGCCUGAAAUGGGGAACUAUAUAUUUGCAUUACAUUAUUUUGUAAGUCAUAUAACUGUGGUCUUCUCUGUGUUCAUUCGUCUGUUUGUGUCUUGUUCCCCUUAGUAAUGAAAAGGUCAUGUUCUGACCUCAUGCCUCUGAGAUCAACAUUUAAAGCUGUAAACCCUUGAUUUGUGCAGAGCAUGUAAACCUUCCUGUCACCAGAAAAGGUCAUCUGCUCUUCUCAGUUCACUCCUGAAUGUUUCCUACAGUUAGCAUUAAAGGAAACAUAUAUGUGUAUUUUGAGUUGUGUGUUUAUGAUUUUUGUGUUGGUUUUCUAUUUUUAUAACGUGCUGUGCAUGGUACGUGUGAUGUCUUUGUUGGUCAUGGCAAAUAAAACAAGUUUUAUGAA